UUUUAGGACAUAGUUGAUCAAUAUUUACAUUCACAUUGUGUAGUUGUGUACAUCAAUGAUAUUUUAUCGUAUUAAUACAGAUUUUAGAUAUAGUGUGGCAAUAAAUUACACGAAAUAUGUGCAAUGUUGAAGAAAUCGCUGACUGUGGUGAUAUUUUAACAUUGGGUAGAGCUCUGUUCAUACCAGAAAAAGAGGAUCAAACUUGGCUUUCAAAAUGCUCAGUUUCACUAUCGUCUUGCGGAAAUCUGUUAUCAGUGGGGUACAGAAAGCGCCUUUGUUUCCUAACUGCUCAGUGGAUUAGUUCAAUUGAGAGUAACACAUACUUGGUCUCAUGGAGUGGUACUCUUCCUUCUGAUAUUACAUCUGUUCUCACUCUCUCUAUUUGCCCUUCACAGCAUUCGUCACAGAAUGGACCAGACUGGUUCUGCAUUGUUGUCGGGUUUCAAAAUGGAAGUGUAGGUUUCUAUACAAACACAGGGCAUUCGUUAUUAUAUGAAAAGCUAGAUGAGAAACCAGUGUUGAACAUUUUGUGCCAUACAGGUACUUAUGGCACUCUACCAGAUGAUGUUCACAUAAUAUUUGAAAGUGGUGUAUGUGUACUCACUGGAUCAAGUCUAUUCCAAACACUAAGAAAUGCUAAAGCACAAGUUGCAAAAGUUCACGCUGGUAUUCGUGGUGAACAGACAGUAGACAGCAGAAAUAUUCAAAUAAGAAAAUGGUCAUUUUCGGAACAGGAACAAAUUAUUGAUGCUGCAGUUGUUGGCUUAGAACUUAAGAAUACUUACGACCAUUUCUUGGCCGCUUCAACAUAUGGAGGAUAUGAUACAUGGUACCGGUCAAUUCCGCCAGUCAAUUCUUUAAUUCUUGCUACAGGCGUUACUCCAUAUUUGGGAUUUCAUUAUGCUUUAGAGGGUGGUACUACACCCCCCCUUCAAGAUGUUGCACGAGCAGUAGCAAAUAAGAUUAAAUCUGCACUACCAGGCUGGCUGGGUGGAUCUACAGAGACAGCUCCGACUAACACAGAGCCUUUAAUAAGAGCAGAACAACUAUCAAUGAGAAAUGGUAUAUUUGAUGUACAACGCCAUGGAACAUCAGUUGCAAUUUCUCCGGAUCGCAGACUUGCAGCACUUACCGACAGUUUAGGUCGAGUGGCUGUCUUGGAUGUAACCAAGGGCUAUGUUAUUAGACUUUUUAAAGGGUGCAGAGAUGCCCAAUGUGCUUUUGUUCAAAUCUUUGAUGCAGACACCAAAAAGCCUCAACUUUCUGUAGUCAAGGAGAUAAGGAGAGCAUUAUUUUUAAUAAUUUACAAUCCAAAAAAAGGACUUGUUGAUAUAAGACUUAUGCAAAGAGGUAGUAGAGUUGCAGUCUUUACAGCGACGAAAAACGGAAAACUAUUAUACAAUACAUGUGGUUUGACAGGUGCAGAAAAAAAUUAUACUCACAAAAAACUCAACUUACCUGAAUUUCAGUGUGUGUUAAUCGACCCAGAUGGAAAGCUAAAAAAGUUCAAUAUCCCAUUCUACUACUCUUUAGAAGGUGAACAUUUAGAAAGAUCAAAAGAUUUGCAUAUUAUUAGAGCAAUACGCGAUACUAUAAAAAAAUCUUCUAAUUUCUCAGAAGAUGUUAAAGAUGAAAUAAUUCAAAGUGCUGUUAAGUUAAAAACGUUGGAGAUUAAAAAGCAUUGCUUGGAUAUGUUAAUUAAAAAUUGUGAAACAUCUUCAGAAACAUUAAUUACUUGCUUAGAAAUAUUUUGGGAUAGCCUAACCGAUGAAGAGUUAAAUGAGCAUAAUCAGAAAAUUAAGAACUAUUUCGGUAACCUUGCGUUGGUUACACUUUUUCAUAGACAUAUUUGUAACGAAAGUACUGAGGAUAUUCAAAAUCUAGUUGCCAAAGUCUGUGAAUCAUUUGGGUUGAAACAUCAAUUAGACAUAGAACCUCAUAAACAUUCUGAUGAUCUUGACUUUCAUCUUUUAGAAGAUGAUAACUGUAUUUUAGAACGAUUACUUAUUUUAGCACAAGAAAAAGAUUUCAGAGAGCAGCAACAUACAAAAGUAACUUUUGCUGACAAUCGUAUAAGUGCAUAUAAAGAUUUUAUCUCGUGUUUCGGAUUAGAAAACAAAGAAGGUUUUAUAACUUUAAAACCAGAUAUUACCACUGAAAAAUUAAACAAUUUAUCAUCUGACAUUUUUAAAUCAAUUGUAAAAUUAAAUGACCUUACGUUGCUCACAAACUGCAUCAAAGCUAGUAAUAUUGAUGUUAAAGAAAUCGUUAAACUGGUGAUUAUGCAUGUAACAAACAUGCCACUGGAACAAAUAAAUUUAGUAUUAAUAGAAAAGAUGAUUGCCAUGUUGUAUUAUUUAUGCAGAGUGUCUGAAGAAGCUACUAAUAUGAAAUAUAAUGAAAUAUCUCCUUGGUGGGAAAAUAUUCGGAGUAUACUAGUAGACUUAGCUUGCCCACUCAGGAGUAUGAUAAUUGCAAUGGCUUGUAAAUCUGUUGCUAAUAUUUUCGAGUCAAAUACGCCAGAAAAAGAGGAUGCCUGGGAAUCUCUUACAAAAGAAAAUGCUAAGUGGGGUAUACUAAUUGGUAAACUAGAAGACAUAUCAAUAUUAAGUAUAAUUUUAAUGUGUAAGGCAAAUUUUAAUGGCAAAUCUCUACCGAAACUACCGUUUGAAGAGAUAAACAUUAAUUUGAAAUAUAUAUACACCAGGGGUAAGGGUUCGGUAACAGAAUUAAUCGCCAAGUGGCUUUGUAGCAUGGGUGUGCCGCCAGAGGCAAUAGUUGCAAAUGAACUCUUGGAAAUGUUCGACGCUACUUCCAAUUCAGAUACUGUUCCGUCAGCAAGUGAUGAUAAUCCGGAAUUUCUAUUUAUGGAAAAUCAUCGUCAUUAUAUUGACAAUAAUCCACAAAUAUUCAAGUGGUUAUCACUCCUUAAAAGACAGUUUCCAUUGAGUACUAAAGCUGACUAUGUAAUAGCGAACAUGUGUUGGGAGUAUGCUAUGGAAUGGCAGAAAUCUUUGAAGAAAACUCUCGAGUUGGAAGCAGUAUUGCAGUGUUUGGAAAAUAUAUCAGACCUGCAUUUACGAUUGGGUUUAUUCUCCAUAAUUUGGUUAACCUACAUAAAACACACUUUCGAAGACAGUUGCCGUCUCAUAAAUAAAGUAGGCAAACUACCUAAAGAUCAUCUGUGUUUACAAGACCUUGGUUUCAACAGUGAAUGUUUAAAGAGUUUUCUAAAAAUUGUGAAAGAUUAUCUUGACAAAUUCUACACUUGCUCUUUAAAAAUAUUUGACCAGACAAAACAUGAAAUCCAGUUUGAAAAAAUAUGGGAUGAAAGUUUACCGUCAUUAGUAGAAGUUGCUCAAGACACCAAAUCCGUUAAUAUUGAUAUUUUGAAUUUGAACUAUCAAAUCUCCUGCACUAUUUAUUAUCAAUGCCAUUUCAACUUGAAGUUUACAAAGCCAUUAGAUAAUCUUUAUGAUAUUGACUAUCAGUAUAUACUGGAAGCUCUUGCUGGCAAUGUUGUACAAAGAGAUAUUAGUAUGAAAUGUUCGGAAAAGUUAUUGGCGCCCAGAAUGAAAUAUCUUACAAAAUUAACCAGAACUGCAGUUGAAACGAUAAGCUGUGUUGAUAACAAUGAAGAAUCGAAAUCAUACAAUAAUGAAGAAUGUUUACAUUGGAUCGAAAACAUCUGUGUACUGGCGGAACUAUGGGGCGUCGAUAACAACUUUGUCAGGAGACAAUAUGUGGUCGGAUUAUAUCAUAUGGGGUAUGAUGAAUUAGCAGAGAACAUACUGAGUUUAAUCAGAGAACCACAGUUGUUACUGCUACCAAUUUUAGCAAUAACCAUCCAAAGACUAAAACGAAGUCUGGAGAACUCUACAAACCAACCCGAGUGGAUUGUGUCCUUGCCACCCCAGCUUUACAAGAAAAUGCAAAAUACGGUUUUGGACCCAUCUAUUCCGGCACAUCCAUCUUUGUCAACUACUGCAUUGGUAUUACAAAAACUGGUUUCACAAAUUGCUAAGAAAACGUCUGAUACUGAAGAAAUGCAAAACAUCAAAUUGGCAGAACUUAUAAUUGAAAGCUGUGAACUCUUAAUUAGGAGAAAAUUGUAAUGGUCCUAUACUAAUAAAUAACAACUGUUUUAUUUUAUUGUUA